AUGAAUCAUGUCUUUAAUGAGCAUUUGAGGAAGUUUAUCUUGGUAUUCUUUGAUGAUAUACUUAUUUUCAGUAAGAGUGUUAAGGAAUAUGGUGAGCAUCUGAGAAUGACCUUUAGUCUUCUAAUACAACAUCAACUUUAUGCUAGGAAAUCCAAAUGUCAGUUUGUUGUGGCCAGCAUAGAGUAUUUGGGGCAUUUUAUCUCUACUAAUGGCGUCUCUACCAACCCUAAGAAGAUACAGGCAAUUCAACAUUGGCCAAUACCUGUAACUAUUAAGCAAUUGAGGGGAUUCUUAGGAUUGGCUGGCUAUUACAGAAGGUUUAUUAGAGGAUAUGGGCAGAUUAGCAAACCACUAACUAAUUUGCUGAAGAAGUUUGACUUUGAAAUCCAAUACAAGAAGGGCCAGGAAAACAAAGCUGCAGAUGCACUUUUUAGGAUUACAACAAUUAAGAUUCCUGCUCUCACACUUUCAGUAAUGAGGACCAAUCUCUUGCAAGCCAUUAGUGAUAGCUGGAAUGUUGAUCCAACAGUAAAGGAGGUCAUUUAG